UUUUCAGCAUGUGUGUGUGAGGCGGGCAGAGAGGAGAGGAGUGUGUUAUUCCCAGCUGAGGAUCAGUGGGAGGAAACUGACUGUCUUUCUGCUGGAGGAGGAGAUCUCGAGUCAGAGCAUAGCUGCAGAAACACCAACAGAAGGAGGCUUGUCAGAGGGAGGAGCCGACGGAGAACCUAGGAGACAGAGGGAGGAGAUGGAGAGAGGAGGAGGCAUUUCCAGAGACAUCUAAGCAGCAGGAGAACACAGGAGAUCAGAGGAGGAGAACCAUGAAGCAGCAGCAGCUCCAUCAGUGAGGUGGCAGUGGGCGGGGUCUAACCCGGUCAUCCACAGUGUGAUUGGUGGCCUGUGAUGAUUGCGACAGGGGGCCUGCUGAGGAUCAAUGCACGGCGACAGGACUCUCUGAGGUCCAAACCACACAGACCACAUCCACACAAGAAAAAGAGCAAGAACAAAAGACGCAGUGAGGUGGUGGUGGUCAAAGGGAAGUUGAAGCUGUGCUCCAUCUCAGGUCUCUUAGCUGUGCUUGGGAUCCUGGUCCUACUGGUUGGUGUGCUGAUGGCAGUUCUGGGCUACUGGCCUCGUAAUGGACUGUUCUUCAGGUCUCAGCCACAGGAGGGCGCCACCAUGGCCCUGAUGUCCUUCAGUAGUGCAACACCAGCACUUGUUCAAGUCAAGGAAGACGCUACAUGGGAGAAGCCAAAAAGAGGUGAUGGAAUCAAUGGAGGAGGAGAUGGAGGAAAGGAGGAAGGAAAAGGGGAAAAUGGUUUUAACCAAACUGAGGCCAUCAAUGGGACCACUCAACAUCUUUCACAAGGAUUUCUGGAAGAAUUCCUGGAUAGGUAUCUGUACUCUGAUAGGCUGAAGGUCUUUGGCCCGCUCAUCAUGGGGAUUGGGAUUUUUCUCUUUAUCUGUGCCAAUGCUGUCCUGCAUGAGAACCGCGAUAAGAAGACAAAGGUCAUCAACCUGCGGGACAUCUACUCCACCGUCAUCGACCUCCACAGUAUUCGAAAGCCCCAUCCUUCUUCUGGCUCCACCCAUCAAUCAUCAGCUAAUCCGCUCAACGGACUCAUUAAUUAUGUCCAGUCAAAGAGUCUGGACUCAAAGUCCCGGACAUGCCCUGUCACCCUGCUGUCGUCAAGGCAACCUGCCAGUCGCAGAGGGUCCAGUGACGGAGGAGGAGGUGUCUUCAGUAUCUAUCAGGAGCAGCUACAUACAUCUCCUCCCUCCUCCUCUGACAGACACUCCCUGCCACAAACCUCCAACCCCUGCUGGACAUCCAACCACAAAAAGGUGCUGAGCUCCUUCACGUUACCUCGGCCCCGUCAGAGGUCCCCUGGUCCCCGCAGAAGACACUCCUUCUGGGCCGGGAGCAGCUGGGAGGAGGACGAACAUAAGAAGGAGAUACAAUCACCACCUCUGUGUGCUUCCACUCCUCCACCUCAAAGAGGCUCCGAGAUAUUUCUCCUCCUCUCCGCUUCCUCCCUCUCCUCUCUGUCCCACCUACUUUCCUCCUCCUCCUCCACACCAGUCCCACCCUGUAGAAGGCGGAGCCUCCCAACUGCGGCCUUCAACACAGCCUACAGCAAACUGACUCAAGGAGAGGAAGAGUCCUUUGGGUGGUCUUCAUCACCUAAGGUGACCCCAGAGGGCUGGGCUCAACACUCACAAGUUGCACACACAGAUUGAGCUCCUUCAAAGACAACCUGAUGCCAUACCUCCACCCUGUGGGGGGAGGAGGAAUAUGAAGAGGGUCCUAAGCCCAGUUGAUGAAGCUCAUGAUGACAACCAGUAGCAAUAAGGAGUCUUUCACCUGAGAGACGCCACAGCAUGAGUCAGCUUCCUGUUUAUCACCUAAUUAUGGGGUGGGGGUUUCUGAUCUCAGCCCAACCCGUUGGUUAGUUUGACAUGUUUGUCAAACCAAACAUCCAAACAUCAACCGCCACGGGUGCAAAAAUGAACAAAGAUCCAUUUUCUGUUGUUUUUGCUGCUUCUCCUGUUCUGGUAAAACACCAUAGGCCUGCCCCAGUGCAUGCUGGUCCUAUACCAGGCCCGUUACAUAUAGAUGUGACCCCACACUUCUUUCUAACUAGCUUACAAAAACAAACAGAAACAAAACUUUAAAUAAUUAUUAGCCUACAAAAUAAACCUUGUAAAUAACCCAAAAAUAUGAAGUGACUCACAAAACAAAUUCAACAAACACAAUUCAAAGCAACACAGAAUGAAUGAAUGAGGCCAAAACAUUCAGAAGAACACUGAUGGACUCAGCGAUUAAACCAACCCAGCCUCACCUAGUCCAGUGGAACCUAACCCAAGCUGACCUUUACUGACCCAUUCAGAGGGCACGGACAGAUUAUCACUUCCCUAUUAACAUACAGUGACUUCUAAAAAGUAUUCAUACCCCUUGAACCUCUCCACAUAUCGCCACAUUUCAACCACAAACAGAAAUAUAUUUUAUUGGAAGUUUAUGUGAAAGACCAACACAAAGUGGUAUA